AUGAAGUCUGUCUUGAAAGCCGGCUUGCACAAGGACGUCAACGUCCUGGUGCCGUCAGCGGAGCUCACGAUCAAGCAGAUCCAGGACCAAAUCCCCCCCGAGUACUUCGAGCGCUCGACGAUGCGGAGCGUGUACUACCUUCUCCGCGACAUCUGCCAGCUGCUCGUCACGUACUUGAUCAUGUAUCGUGCCGUGGUGCCGGUGCUGACCCGCUUUGAAAGCCGUAUGUACGAAGCCGCUGGCGCCGACUGGGCCAGCUGGACACUGGUCAGCGCCGCAAAGCUGGCUGCGUGGAACGUGUUUUGGUUUGUUCAGGGCCUCAACAGCACCGCCCUGUGGGUGAUCGCCCACGAGUGCGGCCACCAGGCCUUCAGUCCCUAUCGCUCACUGAAUAACAUAGUUGGUUUCGUCCUCCACUCGGCCAUUCUCGUCCCGUACCACAGCUGGCGCAUCAGCCAUGGCAACCACCACAAGCACACAAACCACCUCACCAAGGAUACCGUAUUCGUGCCGCGCAAGGAGAGCAAAGUGAUCGACUUUAUUGACGAGACGCCGCUGGUGAUGCUGUGGAAUAUGUUUGUGAUGUUCGUUUUCGGCUGGCCCGGGUAUCUGCUCUUCAACGUGGCGAGCCAGGAUUACGGUCGCCGCACCAAUCACUUUGAGCCUUCAUCGCCGCUCUUUCGCAAAGACGAUGCGCACGAUAUUGUGAUCUCUGACAUCGGCAUCGUUGCCACACUCAGCGUUUUGGGCUUCUGCACCUACCAGUACGGCGCCUACAACGUCUUUUGCUGGUACGUCGUGCCCUACCUCUGGACGAACUUCUGGCUUGUGUACAUCACCUACCUGCAGCACUCCGACAUCCGCAUCCCGCACUACAACCACGAGCACUGGACGUUUGUGCGCGGCGCCCUCGCGGCGGUGGACCGCGACUACGGCUUCAUUCUGAACGAGUGGUUGCACCACAUCAACGACUCCCACGUCGUGCACCACCUCUUCAGCCAGAUGCCUUUCUACCACGCUAUUAUGGUUACCCGACAUCAUAUCAAGGACAUCCUCGGCGACGCCUACGUGGAAGACAGUCGCCCCUUGCUUCAGGCGCUCUACAAGACCUGGACCGAGUGCGUCUACGUCGUCCCGUCUGAGGGUGUCAGCUUGUUCUACGGCUUCAACAAGAAGCGCGCGUAG